AUGGAGACUCUCAAAGCGGUCUUUUUCGGUCCUGAUCCUCAGGCACAGAUGAGAAAAUGUAACGCACUCAUCCGCGCCAAUACUCGCCAAUUGGACCGCGAUAUUGCGCAGCUCAGGACUUUGGAGAACAAAACGCGGCAAUACAUCAUGAAUGCCUCACGUCGAGCCGAACGAAACCCAUCACAGGCGAAGCAGGCCACCCAGGAGGCUAAGACCUUUGCUCGUGAACUCGUUCGGAUCCGGAAGCAAUCUACCCGUCUACACACGAGCCGAGCCCAACUACAGAGCGUCCAGAUGCAGGUUAACGAAGCAUUCUCGGUGCGGAAGAUUCAAGGAAGUCUGAAGAAGUCGACUGGCAUCAUGAAGGAUGUGAACACACUUGUUCGACUACCCGAAUUGAACGCGACGAUGCGUCAACUUUCGACCGAGCUGGUUCGGGCUGGUAUCAUUGAGGAAAUGGUAGACGAUGCGAUGCCAGACAAUGAACUCUACGAGGAUGAACUGGACGAAGCCGAGGAAGAGGUUUCCAAGGUCUUGCAGGAGAUCUUACAGGGUAAGCUUGCGCAAGUCGACACGGUCAAAGCCGAGGAGCCAUUGGAGGAGACUCCCGCCGUCGAAGAGCAGUUCGAAGAUCAAGAGGCCACUCUCGAACAAAUGAGAGGCCGACUGGAAGCCUUGAAGAGCUGA